AUGAUGGACGAUCUCACCGAGGCGAGCAGCGACUACGUGCCCAACUCGUGGGUCACCUGGUUCCUCGCCACCAAGGGCAACGAGUACUUUUGCGAGGUCGACGAGGACUACAUCCUCGACCGCUUCAACCUCACCGGCCUCAACGCCGAGGUGCAGCACUACCCGCAGGCGCUCGACCUCAUCACCGACUCGCUCGAGGACGACCUCUCAGACUCCAUCCGCGACUCGGUCGAGGCGCAGGCAAAGCUCCUCUACGGCCUCGUCCACGCCCGCUACAUCAUCACCACCCGCGGUCUCGGAAAGAUGCUCGAAAAGUACAAGCGCGCCGACUUUGGCCGCUGCCCACGCGUGCUCUGCUGGCAACAGCCUCUGCUGCCCGUCGGCCUCAGCGACAAUCCCUUUCAAAAGGCCGUCAAGCUCUUCUGCCCGCGCUGCGAAGACAUCUACUCGCCCAAGAGCAGCAGGCACGGCACCAUCGACGGCGCCUUCUUCGGAAGCACCUUCCCGCACAUGCUCUUCAUGGUCUACCCCACCGUCAUCCCCUCCAAGUCCCCCACCGCUCCCUCGCCCUUUCUCCUCAGCGCCUCCCAACAACAUCGCGCCGACGCACGCGCGCAGGCCGAACACGCCGACGUCGACGAUUCCAUCAUGUCGGUCCCCGGCGGCGCGGGCAACGGCUCGUCGCUGCCCGCUGGCGCCGUGCCGUCGUCAUCGGCCGCCGCAGCCGCCGCGGGCAGUGCAGCGGCGGGUGGCGCCAGCACCAACGCCACGCCCGCCAACUCGACCGCCGCCGCGGCCGCAAAGGUGGAGCGCUACCGUCCGCGCAUCUUUGGCUUCCCCGUGCACGAGACGAGCAAGCUGCAAAAGUGGCAGGACAAGGUGCGCGACCAACAGAUCGAGCGCCUCGAAAAGGUAGAGGCGGCAGGCGGUAUUGCGACUCCAGGCGCCGCCGCCUUCUUCCGCAAAGUCGCGCCCGCACCGGCGGCGCCAGCGGCAGCAGGGACGGCAGAGGCGGCAGAGGCAGGAGCGGCAGUGACGCCGGCACAAGCAGCGGGAUCCAAUGCAGGCGCAGGUGCAACUUCCACAUCCAUUCCACCACCAGCACCGGCUAGUGCCACGACGAGCGCAGCCGCACCAGCACCCGCACCAGCUGCCGCCGCAACGGCGCCAAAGGCACGAUCCUGA